AUUGCAUCAGAUAAAAUAAAAGGCAUUAGAGAAUCAUCAACUAUCAGCAGUUUUGGAUCUUCUACAAGAGCCAGCCGAGCAAGAGCUUUAUCUACUUUUAUGGAUAUAGCCUCUAUUGCUUGUCCAACAGCGAAUUCAACUUUUGUAAUUGAUAAAAAAGUUAAGAGAAAUUUUGAAGAACCUGUAUCUCCUGGAAUGUUUUCUCCAGAUAUUGGAACCCAUAUAAAGGAAACUAAUGCCAAUAAAACUUAUGAUUUAACUAAAAGAUUGUCAGCAAAAAAUCCAACAAAAAAAUUGGAGAUAAUUGUUGAUUUACCAGAAGAAUCUUCAAUUAAUACUGAACAAUCCAAUUCUAAACAACCUGAAACAUUAGUAAAAAUUAAUUCUAAGAAAAAAAAUCUUGAAUCUCAAAUUAAGAAUAAACGGCGUGAAAAAUUAGAAGAUAUUGAUGUUAAUAUAGAAGAAAAAUCACUUAUGACCAGAACAAUGAAAAGAAAACUUCAAGAAGAAAAUAAUAUUGAUGCAAAAAAAACUAAUGUAUUAUAUGUGCCAUUAGAAAAACAAAUAUCAACGCCAGUAAAAUUAUUAGAAGAUCUUCAAACACAAACUCCUMAUCAAAUCAGAGAAAACGAAGCUGAAAAAAUUAAAGAAAGAUAUCUUAAAUCCAAAGCAGACCAGAGAAAAUUUGAUGAUCAACAUUUAAGGGCUGCUAAACAGAGAGAAGAACAAAUAAAACGUGCUGAAGAAAGAAUUAAAAAAGCUGCUGAAGAGAAGAAGAAAAAAGAAGAAAAACAAAAAGAAAAAGAAACAAUGAUGAAAGAAGAAGCAUUAAAGAAACAAAAGCUAGCUGAACUUAGAUUAGCUGAGAUUAAUGCUAAGCGUAAACUAGCCGAAGAAGCAAAACUUUUAAAAAUAUUCAGUGCUACCGAAUUGCGAUUGAAAAUAUAUCGAAGCAGGGCCAAGUCAACUGUUAUCUCAGAUAGUGUUGUAAAUGUUGUAAUAGCCUUGAGCCCUUGA